AAGAAGAUUUUAGCGGUCAAUUUUUGAUUGUUGUUUCUACUUGAGGUUAAGAAUUAAAAACCGAAAUUCGCUAAAUAUCUAAUUAAAAUGGUACAAACCGAACAAGUACGAGUUAAUUUACCAUGGGUUGAAAAGUACCGUCCUAGCACCCUCGACGAAUUAGUCUCGCACGAAGACAUUAUAAGAACAAUAAGCAAGUUCAUAAAGGACGAUCAAGUACCCCAUUUACUAUUCUACGGGCCGCCCGGUACGGGCAAAACCAGCACCAUCCUCGCCUGCGCCAGGCAACUCUACACACCGGCCCAAUUCUCCUCGAUGGUUUUAGAACUGAACGCAUCCGACGAUAGAGGCAUCGGCAUCGUCAGAGGCCAGAUCCUCACGUUCGCCAGCACCAGGACGAUAUUCAAGAAAGGCUUCAAGCUGAUUAUCCUAGACGAAGCCGACGCCAUGACUAUGGACGCCCAGAACGCCCUGCGCCGGGUCAUCGAAAAAUACACGGAAAACGUGCGAUUUUGCAUAAUCUGCAACUAUUUGAGCAAAUUGGUACCGGCCUUGCAAUCGCGUUGCACCAAAUUCAGAUUCAAACCGCUCUCGCCCGACCAGAUACUUCCCAGAUUGAACUACGUCGUCGACGAGGAAAAAGUAACCAUCACAGAAGAUGGCAAAAAGGCACUGUUGACUUUAGCCAACGGAGACAUGCGCAAAGUACUGAACGUUCUCCAAAGUACCUGGCUAGCCUACAAGAACGUGACCGAGGACAACGUGUACACGUGCGUUGGACAUCCCCUGAGAACCGACAUCGAAAACAUCGUCAAAUGGUUGCUCAACGAAAAUUUCUCCGAUACCUACAAAAAUAUUAGAGAAUUGAAGAUGAUCAAAGGCCUGGCUCUUCACGACAUCCUCACCGAAGUGCACAAAUACAUCCAUCGAAUUGAAUUCCCGUUCGAUCUCAUGAUCGAUCUCCUGGCGACGUUGUCAGAUAUCGAAUACCGUUUGUGCGCAGGCGCAAACGAGAAUCUCCAACUGACCGCGUUGAUAUCGGCUUUCCAGCGAGUCAAAGACAUCUCGCCUCCGGAGGAAUCCUAGAUUACCUAAUAGAUCUUAUAAAUCUUAUUAAUAA